AGUGGGGGCGGCCCCUCCCCUCCCCGCAUCCAAGUCAGCAUCUCAGGCGUUCUCCAUCCUCCCUCCCUGCCUCCCUCCUCCUCCUGCAUGAUGAUGAUGAGGAGGAGACGCAGCACCAGCGGGCUGAGGAGCCAGCCGCCGCCGCACAAGCAGCACCCUCUCACCCACGCCGCGGCACCAUGACGCCGGAAUACCGCGCGGAGCCUCGCCCGGAAGAGGACGAGUGAAGCGGCAGGAUGGCGGGGGGCCGCCGAGGACUUGUGGCCCCUCAGAAUACUUUUUUGGAGAAUAUUGUCCGGCGCUCCAACGUUUGGACACUGUCACAUAGACAGACAGACACCAACUUUGUACUGGGCAACGCGCAAAUUGUGGACUGGCCCAUCGUCUACAGCAACGACGGAUUCUGCAAACUGUCGGGCUACCACAGGGCGGAGGUCAUGCAGAAGAGCAGCACCUGCAGCUUCAUGUACGGCGAGCUCACCGACAAAGACACGACGGAAAAAGUGCGUCUGACUUUUGAGAACUACGAGAUGAACUCAUUUGAAAUCCUCAUGUACAAGAAGAACAGGACGCCCGUAUGGUUCUUUGUGAAGAUCGCGCCCAUUCGAAAUGAGCAGGAGAAGGUGGUCCUGUUCCUGUGCACCUUCAGUGACAUAACCGCCUUUAAGCAACCCAUCGAGGAUGACUCGUCCAAAGGCUGGGGGAAGUUUGCGCGACUGACUCGAGCUCUGACCAGCAGCCGAGGCGUCCUGCAGCAACUCCAGCCCACCGUCCACAAAGGAGAGAAUGUACAUAAGCACUCGCGCCUGGCUGAGGUGCUCCAGCUGGGCUCUGACAUCCUGCCCCAGUACAAGCAGGAGACCCCCAAGACACCCCCGCACAUCAUCCUACACUACUGCCUCUUUAAGACCACUUGGGACUGGGUCAUCCUCAUCCUCACUUUCUACACGGCCAUUAUGGUGCCCUACAAUGUGUCCUUCAAGACCAAGCAGAACAACGUGACGUGGCUGGUGGUGGACAGCAUCGUGGACGUUAUCUUCCUGGUGGAUAUUGUGCUCAACUUCCACACCACCUUCGUGGGGCCGGCCGGCGAGGUCAUCUCGGAUCCCAAACUCAUUCGCAUGAACUACCUGAAGACCUGGUUCGUUAUAGACCUGCUCUCCUGUCUGCCCUACGACGUCAUCAACGCCUUUGAGAACGUCGACGAGGGUAUUAGCAGCUUGUUCAGCUCCCUGAAGGUGGUGCGGCUCUUGCGUCUGGGCCGAGUGGCCCGCAAACUGGACCACUACAUCGAGUACGGCGCCGCCGUGCUGGUUCUGCUGGUGUGCGUGUUUGGUCUGGCCGCUCACUGGUUGGCCUGCAUUUGGUACAGCAUCGGCGACUACGAAGUGAUCGACGAGGAGACCAACAUCGCGCGCAGGGACAGCUGGUUGUACAUUCUGGCCGAGGCGGUGGGCAGGCCUUACCGCUUCAACGCCAGCGGUUCGGGCAAGUGGGAGGGCGGCCCCAACAAGGACUCGGUCUACAUCACCUCGCUCUACUUUACCAUGACCAGCCUGACCAGCAUCGGCUUUGGCAACAUCGCGCCCACCACGGAUGGAGAGAAGAUCUUCGCCGUGGCCAUGAUGAUGAUCGGAUCUCUCUUGUACGCUACCAUCUUCGGUAACGUGACCACCAUCUUCCAGCAAAUGUACGCAAACACCAACCGCUACCACGAGAUGCUCAACAGCGUGCGGGACUUCCUCAAGCUCUACCAAGUGCCCAAAGGACUGAGUGAACGGGUUAUGGACUACAUCGCGUCUACCUGGUCCAUGUCGCGGGGCAUCGACACCGAAAAGGUGCUGCAGAUUUGUCCAAAAGACAUGCGAGCAGACAUUUGCGUCCAUCUCAACCGGAAGGUGUUCAAAGAGCACCCGGCCUUCAGACUGGCAAGCGAUGGAUGUUUGCGGGCACUGGCCAUGGAAUUCCAGACCAUUCACUGCGCGCCCGGCGACCUCAUCUACCACGCGGGCGAGAGUGUGGACAGUCUCUGCUUCGUAGUAUCGGGGUCAUUGGAAGUCAUCCAGGAUGACGAGGUCGUGGCCAUACUGGGCAAGGGGGACGUCUUCGGGGACGUCUUCUGGAAGGAGGUGACGCUGGCUCAAGCCUGCGCCAACGUGCGCGCUCUGACGUACUGCGACCUCCAUGUCAUCAAGCGCGACGCCCUGCAGAAAGUGCUCGAAUUCUACACGGCCUUCUCGAAUCACUUCUCCCGCAAUCUGCUGCUCACUUACAACCUGCGCAAGAGGAUGGUCUUCCGAAAAAUCAGCGACGUGAAACGAGAAGAAGAGGAGCGGCAGAGGCGGAAAAACGAGGCCCCGCUGAACUUGCCGCCCGACCACCCGGUGCGCAAACUCUUCCAGCGCUUCCGGCAGCAGCGGGAGGCUCGCACGGUCACGGACAAGCCCAGCGAAGACAACGACAUCGAGAAGGGGCCGGUCUACGUGGACGUCCCCAAGACCGCCAUCAUCACCACUACCAGCAUUGUGACGGUAACAGAAAGCCCGGCGACGCCUUCGUCGUCAGCGCACGAGUCGUCGCACGCGCCCCCCGGCUGCGGCCCUUCGGACAAGGUGAAGCUACAGGUGCCGCCUCCCGCCUCCUUGGUGGGCGGUCGGGCCGCCGAGCCGGGCAAAAUCAAAGGCUGGGGACGCUUUAAGGAGUCCAUAGCGAAGCCGGACAACUGGAAAACGGUGUCCAAAUCCGAAUCCAUGGAGACAUUACCGGAGCGGACCAAGGGCCACGAGUCGCAGCUGUCCCUAAAGAAGACGGACUCGUGCGACAGCGGCAUCACCAAAAGCGACCUGCGCCUCGACAAAGUCAGCGACUUCCGCCUGACGCCGCAGGACCGCAGUCCCGUGCAGCCGCCCGAAACCAGACGUUCCUUCUACCCCAUCCCUGAGCAGACCCUCCAAGCCUCGCUUCAAGAACUCAAGCUGGAGCUCAAGGACGACCUGAAGAACCUCAACGUACGAAUGUCGGGCCUGGAGGCUCAGCUCGCCGAAGCUCUGCAGCUCCUGAAAGCCAGGACGCCCAUCACAGGCUCCCCGCAAGGUCUUUUUGACAUUUCCAGACCCGCCUCGCCUGAAGCCGACAAGGAGGACAUCUUUUCUUGAGCACUAGAGGGACAUUUUACUCUCAAUUUAGCUGCAAUCCGGUAAUGGCCGCAUUACUACGGCGAUAGCUGAGUCUGCACUGGCAUAGGGGGGUUGCCUUUUAGAUUAGGCAUCUGGGCGUAGUCUUGUAAAGACACGCAGGCCUCCAGCCCAGGAACGCGAAUGCCACGACCGAGAUACUAAGGCGGAAACCUAGCACGGGUAAACCUGAACGGCUUUUUACAUGUAGAUACCGAGCACGGCGCUCGAAACGUUUGAGAGCUUGGAAGUAAAACGGCAUGACCCAACGUUGUACGCUUGUACGAUUCCUUGCAUGUCACAUCAAGUAUAAACCUUUUUACCGUGAGGUCACAUGUACCACCGGGUGGCAAAAGCUCACGUUUUCUCAAAGUUAACAUGACUAAGGAAGAGUGAUUGUGAAAACAGGCUAAAUGGCUCCAAUGAUAACUUUAGCCUUCUUUCUACCGGUGUGGUUUGAAUAUGCGUAGUGUGGAUUGAAAAGAUGAUCUUGUUAACGGAUUGGAAGGGCGACAGAACGCUGGACGUAAUUUACAUUUUGACUGGCUGAUUAACUGACUAGCAGGCUAGCCAUUAGGUUUUGCCAAAUUACUCAAAGUAAGAUAACAUUUUAUGGAUAUCUAUAAGAAAAUGUCUUCCACUAACUCGACGAUCGAGGUCGUUCCCAGUUAAGAAUCCGUUCGGGAUUUACGACUAGCUAUCUUCUGUAGCAACCUUUAUGACAUCAACUGGAUUUAUCCUCCUUAACCACAGAUUGCGCUCGAUGAAUAUCUAAUUUUUAAAGGAAAUCAGUUAGGUCAUGUCAGUGGUUACCAAUCAUUUCUCUGCCACCCGGAAGUACCGGGGGGCCCUAUUGUUUACAAACGUGAAGCGGUACUCCACGUGCCUCGACGGGUUUGAUUAAGCGAGGUUGUUUGCGUGAUUAGAGGACUGUCGAGACUUUCGCCCUUCGCGCUUGAUGUACACAUUUUAUUACGGCGGCGAGCAGUAGUUAUUGUGAUUAACAGUUUCAGAGGGAAAGAUGCUUAAUGAUAAAUGGAACGUGGUUCUGAUCGUGUGGUGGGUGUUAAGAUCCCACUGGAACACUACGAGAACCACAUACAGAACACAAUUUCACAUAGCAUGAACACCAUGCAUAAUCAGACAGAUUUAUAUAUUACUAGAUAUUAUUUCCACUAUGAAUCUUAGUGCAGGAUACAAAUGUUCUUAUAGAGUGUGAGAUGGGGGAGAUGCGUUUUUGGGGAGAAACAUAAUAUAUUUCUAUUUUGUGCCACUGGUUUGCAUGCAGGCUUUGUUAAAAAAAAAUAAAAAAAUCCUGUGGGAUAAGUUGAAUUAUUCCUGAGGUUAAUACCAAAUAUGUUUGCAAUGCAGUUGACCUCUUUUUGGUGGGUUCUAUUGUAAUGUUAUACAGGAAGAAAUCAGGUUAACAAUCAUUUCCAAUUUGAUGAUAACAACAGCAACAAAAACAACAACAAUAAACAAGAAAAACCAAGAAAUGAACUUGACUAUGCGGCAAAUCAUCUCCACACAAUGUAUUUUUUUUAAUUCUCCCAAAUAUACACAACCACUGUAUAUGAAAAUUAUUUUGUAUGAGGAUUUUAUGAUUAAAAAUAAAAAUGUCCCUGUAACGAAGGGUAUUUUCUUCAGAGACUGUGCACCUAAAUAAAAAUCAUGUCUACAUAUAAA